CAACUAAUAAACCCAGUGAUAGAGCCACUUUCUGCUCAGUCUUGACACAGAAGCCACAGCAAUGAAGCUCCACACCGCAGCAAUCCUGCUCCUUUUCUGGCUUGGCAUCUUCACUGUGCACACAGUCAAAGGUAAGUUUGCAACUCAAGACAUGCGCAAAUUCAGAUGUGUAAAUCUGUCUACAAAGCAGUUGAACAUCCAAAAUCUCAUCAACUAUGAAAGGCAACGAGUACCAAUAGAUGCUGUCAUGUUUAUCACUGCAAGAGGUAUCAGGAUCUGUGUAAGUCCUGAUCAGAAAUGGGUGCAGACUGCUAUAAAGAGAAUAGAUGACAGACGUGCUGCCAAACGCAAAUAAUCCAAGCAUCUAAGGCCAACCAUCUGGAAUUAUCAUCAG